AUGAGACCUCUCCCGGCGUUCCUUGUCCUCGCCGUGUGGCUGCUGGUGAAGGGAGAGCCCUCUGUCCGCUCGGUAGCUGCCUGGGGUCCGCCCCGAGCCUUCUCCAGGGAGAUGAGCCCCAUCUCCACCAGCCGUCCAUCCCAGGGCAGGUUCUCCAGCCUUUGGAUCGUCUCCACGGUCCCCUCCGGCACGUCUCCGUCCUUCCGGAGUCGCAGCGGCGGCCAGAGCCGGACACGCGCCCAAAGUCACCAGCCGGCAGCCGUGACCCUGGACUCGAAUCGCGACUCGGCGCUAAACCGCAAACCGAUCCGUCGUCUACCGAAUUUGGGAGCCCCGAGGACGUCGAGCCGCCGUCGUCAACCCCGUUUCGGGGGUAACCAGAAGAUCGUGACGGCGUUUCUCAGCUCCAACAGAAGACACGGACACCCCCGGGAAGCGGCAAGGAGCCGGUGCUGGCGGCGGGACGGGUCACCGAAAACCGGGUUCCUUCACCCACCCGCGCGCCUGGAGCGCUCCCCCCAUUCUCUAUCGCGGUCCCCCUCUUAUCCAUCGCAGUCCCCCUCUUGGGACACUGCUCUCCACCGCGGUCCCGGUUGCGGUUACAGGUACGACAACAUGGCCGAGCUCUUCGCGGUGGUGAAGACGCUGCAGGCUCUGGAGAAAGCCUACAUCAAGGACUGCGUCUCUCCUAACGAGUACACGGCUGCCUGCUCCCGCCUCCUGGUCCAGUUCAAAGCCGCCCUCAAGCAAGUGCAGGGCUCCGAGAUCAGCUCCAUCGACGACUUCUGCCGCAAGUUCCGGCUCGACUGCCCCUUGGCCAUGGAGAGGAUCAAGGAGGACCGGCCCAUCACCAUCAAGGACGACAAGGGCAACCUCAACCGCUGCAUUGCCGAUAUCGUCUCCCUCUUCAUCACGGUGAUGGAUAAGCUGCGCCUGGAGAUCCGAGCCAUGGACGAGAUCCAGCCAGACCUACGGGAGCUGAUGGAGACAAUGAACCGCAUGAGCCACCUGCCCCCCGACUUUGAGGGGAGGCAGAAAGUCAACCAAUGGCUCCAGACGCUCAGCGGGAUGUCGGCGUCAGAUGAGCUGGAUGAUUCCCAGGUCCGGCAGAUGUUGUUCGACCUGGAAUCUGCCUACAACGCCUUCAACCGCUUCCUCCACUCCUGAGCCAUCCAGCACGUGCCGGCACCGCCGCUCCCUCCCGGUUUGAGAUUCCCAGUCCCCUCCCAGUCCUUACUGGCGUUAAGAGGAAGUCGAGGACAAUAAACCCCU